AUGGGCACCAGCGCCUGCAAUGACGGCUCCUUUGGACCAACGUCGACUUGCCGAUUCUUCGACUUUACCCUUGCAUUUGAAAACAUCAUCUUGGCUGCAGUGCCUUCAGCAGCGCUCAUCCUCGUAGGACUGAUUCGCAUCGCGUUCUUGAGCGGCAAGGCGAAUGCACCGACAACGGCCGCGGGGUUGAAGAACAGCGAUGAUAUCGUUGGCGCAAUGCGGACCAGCUUGGCUAUCCUCCAUCUCGUUCUCAACGCUGCCGUGCUUGGUCUCGCCGUAAGCCGCGGCUCCAUCAAGGACAUGCUCGAUGCCGAUACCGUCGUACCUGCCCUCGGUCUUGCCUUUGUGGCAGCGGUCGUCUGCGUGCCCACGUCCUAUCUUGAACGAAAGAAGACUUCGGGCGGAGGCUGGCUGCUGCCCGUUUACCUCUUUUCGACUUGUCUUACCGAUGCCUGCCGCGUUCGCACCCUCUUCAGCGUCGCCUCGAGCACCUCUCAUCAUGGCCCUUUGUCAGCAUUUGCAAGGCUUUCUGCCACACUUCUCGUUGUAAAGGCGCUCAUGCUAGCUGCUGAGAACACGGCCGGUGUCGAGUCGGACGCCACAAAGGAGGCAAGGGCAAGCUUCAUCAGCAAAAUGUUCUUUUGGUGGCUCAAGGACCUGCUCUGGACCGGCUUUCGGAAACCGCUGGAGAUGGAGGACCUCGAUGACCUCGGUCCGAAGUACUCGGGCAAGGUACUCGGCCAAAGGCUUGCCGAAGCCUGGCAGCCUCGGGAAGAGCAACUUCCGCGUUCAGGUUAUUUCGCUCGACGACGGUCAAUAGCAAAAAAGGACGGAGGGGAAGAGUUGGCUAUGCACGAGCUGGGUAAAGGAUCGCUCGACGGAUGUGGUUCCACACAGUCCCAUCGGGUCACCAAUGGAGGCAAUGGCCACACACACCAAUCUCAUCGUAGUACCAAGAAAAAGGGGAGGAGCCUACUGCUUGCUUGCUUCCUUGCCUUUCCUCGCGAGCUCCUGGCUCCCAUCAUCUGGCGUCUUAUCAAUCUGGGUGCUACGCUCAGCCUACCAUUCCUCGUCAGCCGCACGUUGGCUUUUGCCGAGUCGUACGUCUCGGACAAUGACCAGCAGCAGCAGCCGGCGGCAUAUGGGUGGGGUUUAGUAGGCGCAUACGGUCUUGUCUACCUCAUCCUUGCCUUCAGCACCGGUCAAUUCAAUUGGCUAUGCAACAAGGUCCAGGUCAAGCUGCGUGGCGCUCUGAUCGAGGUCGUAUAUCGCAAGAGCCUGCGUCUGCAUCUGGAUGCUGCAAAACGCCGCGGUGGUGGCUCGGCGGCCAACCUGACGUCCGUCGACAUCGAACGCUUUGUCAAAGCCGUCCUCGCCUUUCAUACGCUCUGGACAGGCUUUCUCAUCAUUGGCGCUGCGGCGUUCCUCCUCUACCGCCAGCUCGGCCUGGUCUUUCUAGCAACAAUCUUCAGCAUUGUCGUUUGCCUUGUCGUGCCUCCUGUGGGCUCCAACGGCCUCACCGGUCGACAGACACGGUGGAGCCGAGCGACAGAUCGUCGAGUGAAUUUAACCAGCAGCGCCAUUGCAAACGCGAAAGGGCUCAAGUUCAUGGCUUAUGAAAAGGUCAUCGAGAAACGCCUCCUCAAGAGCCGUGACGAGGAGCUGGCCAUCGCUUGGCCCUUCUGGAUCCAAUUCGUUUUCGUCAGCACUUUUACCAAUCUCGUGCAGGAGAUUAUGGCUUUUUCUACCUUUCUUGCCCUCAUCUUGGUUGAUCGAUUUACCGGCUCGCACAACUUCACUGUCCACACAGUCGUCACCUCGCUCACCCUGAUGCAAAUCCUCGAAAUACCCCUUUUGACGAUGGGACAGUACUACGCACAGCUCCUAUCAGCCUAUGCGUCGUUGAAGCGGAUUGAAGAGUUUCUCCGCGAGCAAGAGCGGCCCACGUACGCGGACGACGAUGGAGGACGUGCCCCUAACGAAGACGGGGAAGAGCUGGACAUGAAGAGGCGCCACAACUUCUCAUCAACGGACUCAAUCUUGCCUCAGGAGGAAGCUUUCGCCGCCUCGUUUGACUCUGCGACCAUUGGCUGGAACAAGUCAAAGCCAAUUCUCGUCAAUGUCACUGCAAAAAUCCCUCAUGGCGAGCUGACGAUGCUAUGUGGCACCCUGGGCUGCGGCAAGUCAACCUUUCUCCUGGCACUUCUGGGUGAGGCCGAUUUGUUGAGCGGUUCGUGUCGUCUUCCUAUGAAAAAAGCGCCCAUCGCAUACGUGGCACAAGACUCAUGGUUGCAGGAAGGUGCCUCGAUUAAGGACAACAUCCUCUUUGACAGUCCAUUCGAUGGCGAGCUCUACCAUACAGCAGUUCACUCGACGGCUCUCGGCCAAGACCUCGAGGAGCUAGCUGAUGGCGACCGAACACUCGCCAGAAGCCUCUCCGGUGGGCAGCGGCAGCGUGUGGCCCUGGCCCGCGCAGUCUACUCUGACGCUCAGACCUACAUCCUCGACGACGUAAUGAGUGCUCUCGAUGCCGAGACAGCGUCACACGUAUGGAAGUGCCUUCUGGGGAAUCAGGGCUUGUUGAAGGGAAGAACGGUGGUACUGGCGACCAACGCUCUUCAUCUCAUCCAUCACGCAGCUCACAUCAUUCGGCUCGAUGCCGGCAAGAUCGUCGAGAUGGGUCGUUUCGAAGAGCUAUCGGACAAGGGAAAAAUGGCCAUCUCGCGUGCCUCGCUCGAUUCAGAGGCUCCCGAUUUGGCCAAAUUAAGAGCAGCGAAGCCCAAGAUCCGGUAUGAGGAGAAAGACGACGACAAGCAUGAAACCGUAACGAGUGGGGGCGUGCAAUGGCGCGCCACAUAUGGCGCCUGGGCCAAGGCGAUUGGAUGGGGCGUCUUUGUGAUGCUUAUUCUCCUCGAUGUCUCUCGCUCCAGUAGCCGCCUCGCGUGGAAUUUCGUCAUCCAGAUCUGGGCACGUAGCAACGAGGAGCACUGGCAGGGCGACCUAGCAAAAUACCUCUCCACUUUUACCGUCCUCGUCUGGUUCGUCAUCUUUGUGACCCCUGUUGAAGACAUUCUCCUUGUCUAUGGAUUGGUCUUCAAGGCUGGCCGCCGCAUCCAUGCCGACGAGCUGCGCGGCGUGCUGUACGCCACGCUGCGCUUCUUCGAGGAGAAUGCCUCCGGAAGGAUCAUCAAUCGCUUCUCGCAAGACGUUUUUGUUGUCGACUGGGAGAUUACGAUGGCCUUCGGUAACUUCCUUGGGUGCACAAGCAUGCUGAUCGGUCAGAUUUUGACGCUUGUCAUCCCUGUACCUUUCAUUCUCAUCGCUGUCGCCGUCGCGCUCGUUGCCUACGUCCUGAUCCAGAGGCUAUAUGCGCCACCGAGCAGACAGCUUCGACGCUUGGAAAUGGCUACAAAGUCGCCCAUUUAUACCCUUUUCGCCGAGACAUCGUCGCCGUCUGGGUUGGCGACUGUGCGAGCAGCCGCACGACAGUCUACGUUCGAAGAGAUUAAUACGGCCCGGCUUGACAAAAGCCAAGCGCCGUAUUACUAUCUCUGGGGUGUCCGACGGUGGUUGCUCACCUGGCUCAACCUGCUCGCUCUGGUCAUCAAUGUUGCCCUCGUUGCCAUUGUCGUCAUUCUUCGAAAGUCUUCGGCCGUGGCGCUUCUCGGUGUGGGUCUUGUGCAAGCCACACAGAUCAGCACGAUGCUCAACCAGACGCUCCUUGCAUGGACCGAGCUGGAGAUCGCGGGCGUGGCUCUAGAGCGCAUGCUGGCCUUUGCAAGGCUCGAGCCAGAGGAGAGCGCUUCGACGCCCGACGGACGUUCCCGAAAGUGCAUCGAGCCCGCCGAGGUCAAGGGACACGUAGAGUUCAAGAACGUGUCAAUGUCUUACGUCGAGGGAGCUGACCCCGCCCUCAAAAGAGUCAGCUUCUCCAUCCAGCCGGGCGAGCGCAUUGGCGUGUGCGGACGGAGCGGAUCAGGCAAGAGCACACUCCUUUUAGGCCUCUUUCGGAUGCUGGAGCCCGUCGAAGGCGAGAUUCUCCUCGAUGGCCACCCCAUUUCGAGCACGCAGGCACAUUCGCUGAGGAACAGUAUGACGAUCGUCCCGCAGAAUGCGCUCCUCCUGGCUGACUCGGUCAGGAACAACUUGGACCCCGCUAGAGAGAGGAGCGAUUCAGAGAUUUGGACAGCGCUUGACAAGUGCAGGAUGCGUGACUUUGUUCAGGCUCUGCCGAGCGGGCUCGAUACACUCGUCGUCAGUGGUGGCAGUGGAAGCGCGGAAAGCAGCGCAAAGGACAAAGGCGGCGACGACGACGACGACGACGAUGAAGAUGCUUCGAGAGGAGCCAAUUCCAGCGUCCACUUCAGCGCGGGCCAGCGUCAGCUGUUCAGCCUGGCUCGAGCCCUGCUCAGACGAAGAAAGGUCCUCGUUCUCGAUGAGGCGACGAGCUCGAUGGACUACGAGACGGAUCGGGCGGUGCAGGAGGUGCUUCGGAGCCAGUUCAACGACUGCACAAUGAUCACCGUCGCCCAUCGCAUCGCCACCGUGAGGGACUUUGACCGCAUCCUCGUUCUGGGUGCGGGCCAAGUCGUUGAAUUUGACACGCCCGACAAUCUGGUCCAGAAGCCCAAUGGCAUCUUCCGGUCACUCGCCAUCGAGCAGGGGUGUGCCUGA